CAAACGCAACAUUCCAAUGUCGUGUAGGGACCUAUUUUUAAACCGAAGAAACAUGGCGGCGAGCAGACAUAUCGGGCUAUUUAAAAUGUUAAAAAAACUCUUUUUCCAUUGAUAAUAAUAAUGUGAAUGCGAAAUUCGUGCGCCUCCAAGUGCUGCGAACCGAAAAAACCGUGUUGUGCGUAAAUUCGAGUGAAAUCCGGCGAUUGUGGUGCCCGCUCUUGGCAAUUUCAAAUCUACGGGGUGUUUCGAUGAAUUAAGGCGGCAAAAUGGUUGUCGGAGACCCGAGUAUAAAUAAUAUAAUGAGCGGCAUUGAGAAUGCCGGCGGAGUUAAACAACACAAUCACAAAAAGAAAUUGAAACAGAGGUUCGAUAUAAUAAAGAAACUGGGUCAAGGCACGUUCGGCAAAGUGCAAUUAGGAAUAAACAAAGAGACUGGUCAAGAAGUAGCAAUAAAAACAAUCAAAAAAUCCAAAAUCGAAUCGGAGGCCGACCUAGUCCGGAUAAGGCGCGAAAUUCAAAUCAUGUCUUCGGUGCAACAUCCUAAUAUUAUCCACAUUUACGAAGUGUUUGAAAAUAGGGAAAAAAUGGUGCUAGUGAUGGAAUAUGCGGCAGGGGGCGAGCUUUACGAUUAUUUGUCGGAGCGCAAGAUUUUAGACGAGAACGAAGCCAGGCGAAUAUUUCGACAGAUCGCCACUGCGUGUUACUAUUGCCACAAACAUAAAAUUUGCCAUAGGGAUUUGAAACUGGAAAAUAUUCUUUUGGACGAAAACAAUAAUGCUAAGAUUGCCGAUUUCGGACUGUCAAAUGUUUUUGACGAUCAAAGACUGUUAAGCACUUUCUGUGGUUCCCCUCUAUACGCUUCUCCCGAAAUUGUCAAAGGGACGCCCUACCAUGGACCAGAAGUCGACUGUUGGUCGUUAGGUGUACUUUUAUAUACUCUAGUCUACGGUGCCAUGCCUUUUGAUGGAAGCAAUUUUAAACGUUUAGUUAGGCAAAUUUCGCAAGGAGAUUACUUCGAGCCAGCCAAACCCAGUCCCGCCUCUCCUCUCAUUAGGGAAAUGUUAACCGUGAAUCCUAAAAAUAGAGCAGAUAUAGAAAAAAUUUGUACCCACUGGUGGGUGAACGAGAAUUACGACGUUAGCUGUUUAGAGAUCUCAGAAGAAUUAGCCAAUCAAACUCCCGUAAGAUUAGAUUUGUUAUUAUCAUUGGCUCCUCCGCCACCUCAGCUUGAAAGUGACAAACUUGUGGUUACUGGAGAUGUUGCUGAAGAGAUGAAGACUGAAGUUGCACCGCCCACACGAUCCCAAUCUGUAGGUAGUUUAAUGGAAUUAACUCAUCCCGCUGAACGAAGGAUCAAAGAACUUUUAACCGAAGAAAAAGCUUCACCUAAACGUAAACUAGAAAAUACUGUUAGUACGGAUCGAGUCAAGGAUGGCCUUAAGAGAAAGGAUAAGAUAAUCAAAGAGAAUACUGUUGCUGAUAUUACCCUCCACGGUGCAAUUAAGGAAAAUGCUUCUUUGGAAGAUGCAAGUAUGUCUGAGCCAAUCCCAUUGGAUAAGAGUCUAACUCAAACAAUAACACGUGACAUGGACGUUGAAACAAACGAAGAACCAGUUGAUCCGUCGUUACAAGGAGCCGCUUGUAGUGAGAUAAUCGAAGAGGCAAAGAAAACAACGGAAAAGAAGCCCAAAACAAAGAAAACUCUAUCAACUAGUGUCAGCAAUAAAGCAUUGGAAGGCAUAAAUGAAAUUCCUAGUCAAGAAAACGUAAACAAUGUAGAUAAAGAAAACAAGGACGUUGUUGCUCAACCUGAAAAAACCGAGAAACCGGAAUCCAAAAUCGCGAAGAAGAAAACAGUCAAGAAGAAGGUCUUAACCGAUAAGAACGAAACAGUUAAGCCCAAAGAACCAUCGCCACCCCCAGCCCCACCCGUCGAAGAAAAACCAAAAGAACCCGAAGAAAAACCCACCAAACCAAUCGAACGGAGAAAAUCGCGUAUUUUCGAAGCGGCCGAAAAAUUCCAAAACAUGAUUUCAUCCCCCACCGAGUCCAAACCCACCCCCGUGGAAAAGCCAAAGAAAAUCGUAAUCCCCGGCGUCAGCGUUGACGGUUUCAAGAAGGAGUUUGAACGCAAAGCAAGCCUCACAUCAACAUCUCCCCCAAAACUGAAAGGCACCCCCUCGAAGAAAAUCCUCAUCGAUCAACAAAAACCCCCCGAAGCUGACAAGGAGGAGCCCAAACCAGACCCCGAAACACCAAAGCCUGUGAUCGACGAUGAGCGCAAAGAGCGCGUGCGCAAUGCCGUUAGUAUUAUCUCAAGUGCCUUAGACAAGGAAGGAGCGCGGAAAUCAAAAUCUCGGCCGUGUUGCGUCCGGAAGCCCCCGGUGCCGUUCGGGGUUGGCGGCCGCUCGGCUUCGGGCAACAUCGGGCUGCUGGCGUCCCCCCUGUCGCCCCCAUUGGGCCCCAAGCCGUUCGUCCGGCCCCAGUUUGAUAGCAAAGCCGAGGUGAAGAAGGUGGAGGAGAAGCCGGAGGUUGAAGAGGAGAAUAAGACCUCCUCGGCGGAGAUUACGCUCAAAUCGGCCACGUUGCCGAGGAGGAAGACCACCAAAGCGGAAAUUCAGCUCAAUUAUCCCAUGCCUAAGCCAGCUACCAUGGAGUUUAAGACUGAAAUGGCUCAUAAUGUGACGGCGCCGCCCAAGUUGGCGACGCAGAGGAGUGAGGUUGUGGUGCCGGUGACGGCGCCAUCUGUCGGGAACUUAAGAUCAUCAUCGCUGGAACCCGAAUCGAAGGGCUCCCCCAAAGAGCGAAUCAUCCCGAUUUCCUUCGAACAGCAAGACACAAAGGAGGCCGUCCAAUCGCCCCCUACCAAACCACCAAUGCCGCGACCUCUCCAAAGCCAAAAAUCGACAACAUCGCAAAGAUCCAACAGCUUGUCACGACAGUCCACUCAAGACUCCGACACUGAAACAACAUCCGGCGAACCGAUUAAAAAAUCCCCGAGAGAAUACAUCAUCCCGAUUGCGGUCGAAGGCGGUGGUUAUGUGACCCCACGCGCUGGUAGCGUGGAACCGAGUGACACAGCGAGUACAACAAGCACCAUGACAAACAAAUCGAGGAACAAGUUUGGCAAAGCCAGGAGAUUAAACUCCUUGUUUAGUGAUCGGGACUCGGAAGACGAGACCUCCUUCCCCAGCUUGUAUCGCCACAGUUCGUUCGGGAAAGACAGCGACAAUGAGGAUUCGCGAAAGGAUGCGUUCCAUUUGCACAGGCUGAGGAGUACAAGACCGAAGAGGACCAUUUUGGAGCACAACGAUUCGCUCAGUUCUGGCGAGGAGGACGACGAUGACGGGUUUGAGAUUUUAACAGCCGAACACUUAUUCUCCAAUUUGUUAUCAAGGGUAAGGGAUUUGACCCAGAAAUUGAAUGUUGAAGAUGGGGGCAGGCCUGGAUUCCCCAGCAGUCGGUUAUUGAGCCAUUUUGACCAUGGCACCAACUUCUGGAAUUUUCACAACCGGCUAGACCCCUUGUCCAGCUCGCAAUAUAAGUAUACGUGUGUAAGGGAAACUAAAACGUAUAAGCAUUCAACGUUGGGCCGGAGCCUGAGCCGCGAACGCAGCAACGAGACCUCAGCUACGCCUUGGCGCCGUAGCGUGAGUCGUGACUUAGCCUCAGAUAUCGAAAGUGUCUUCAAAGACCCAAACUCGACAGCGACGCGCCCCCGAGAUAAAAAAGCGAAGAAAGAAAACCUUAAUUUAGCAGAUUUAGAUCUUAAAAAAAUUAAAUUAAGCGAUGAAGACGCUUUAGCUUUGUCGUACCUAACACCUGGCUUGUCACGACGGAUUCAAAAACACUUACUGUCACAACUCGCGCCAUCUGAAGCCCAAAAACUGCAACGGACCCUGUCCUCAAACGGAAGUAACAACUACGAAGACAACCACAAAUUUGCACGCCGAUCAGUUGACCGAUUGUCUUCAACAUUACCUCAUCGCUACUCUGUAGAAAAUAACUUAAACGAACCGAACUACAAAUCGGGCCUUCCGGUGAAGCUUCGCGAUGACAACAGAUCGGCUAGUGUGGCCUAUGAUAAUGACUUUGGCUACAAAAGACCCAAAGCGGUUCGUUCCGUCUCACUCAGAGAGCCCAAAAACUAUUUGCCAAACAAAGACAAAAGUCCCGAUUCGAGCCUUUCGGAAAGCUUGUCACGAAGCGACGUAACCGACAGCUACACCACGUCCCUAUCACGUCCUUCCUCCUACUCGAAAUAUUCAGACUUGUCGAAUAAAUACUUAACACCAAAGACUGAAAUUAAAAAACCGUCCUCAACGCCUCGAAGAAUCUCGAGGUUUUUACGACCUGAUUUCUUCGACCCACCCAAAGAAGAAAACGUGCUAGUCAAGGAAAAGAAAGAGCGGGAAAUGGAAACGCAAAAGGUUUUGAAAGAGAUUCGGGACAAAAGAAAGUGUCGACUGAAUGCCAGGCGGGAAAGGUCCGCCUCACGUGAGAAAAGCACCGAUUUCGAGGACGAGAAAAAGGAUUCGAACAAAUUGUCAACUCCUGACGAAGGUCCGAAAGAGACCAACCGCUUAUUGAGCAAAGUUUCGAACAACAUUAAAAACCUUGAAAAUAACGUCAAGACGCUCCAUGACUACGUCAAUGUAACGGUCCCGAAAGACAACAAAGAAAUCGAAGGAAAUAAAGGAGUUCAUGAUUAUGUCAACGUUAAAGUCACAAAGCCUGAAGAGCCCCCCGUUGUGAAAAAAACCCGAAUUUCGAAACUUGUCCGCCCAAAAAGCUACCCGACCGAGAGUGUUAUUGAAAAAGAGAAAGAGAAGAAGGUUUCACCGGAAAAAGAAUCAAAAAUUAGCCGGUUACGUAAAGGUUUCACGCGUCAAGGCUCAAAAGAACGGGACAAAACAAAAGAAGAUAAAAACGAGACUAACAAAAGCAUAAAUGAGGAAGAAAAAGGCCACAAGAAUAAGCUGCUUCAGUCGAUUGAAAAGAAACUGGAGAAGUUCCGCUCGUCGUCGAAAGACCCCGAGGAGGCCAAAGCCCUGAAGGAGAAAAAAUCCGGCGUUGAGAGCGCCAUCAAGCGGCUCCGGGAGCAAAGUCUCCCCCGGAAUUUGGACCACUGCACGGAGUCUGGCCUUAUUAAAAGGGCCGUUUCGGUCGAAGACGUGUCAAAUUUGAGUAAGCCGUUGCAAGCGUCGCGCAAAAGUGUGACAAAAAUUUUGGGUUUGUUCAAAAAAUACGAGGAACAAGAGAACAAAAAGAACGACAAAAUCGUGAAAAAGAAAAAGUUCAAGGAGAGUCCGAAUCGUGACGAAGCUGUGAUUGAAACUAGUCAAGAGCCGAAAAAGCCCGAACGUCCCCGGUCCCUCCUCCUGGACAAAAUGAAGCAGUUUCAACCCCCUGACAACAAAGCUAGCAAAGCGUCGCGCUUGCCAGUCAAUUCAUUUAGACGUAGUUUGAAUUUAGAAGUCGAUGUUCCUAAAAAAACCGAAGCGAAACGCAACAGCGAACCUCGCAGUGCAGCUGAAGAGAGUCGGGAGAAUCGCAAUUCGGUGGCGACCGACGAUAGUUCGGCGCUGUUGUCGCCGGAUGAUAACGUGAGCGACUCGUGGUCGGUGUGCUCCGACUACCACAACCAGGACUUGCACUCGCCGGUGUCACCCAAUGGGGUUUUGUGCUCCGGCGACGAGAGCGAGUCGGUGAUUGACCGGAUCCGACGCAAGAGUUUCUAUACGAGGUUCAACGAGAAGAAACGAACUCGCAAGCCGAGUCUGACCCGGAAUUACAAAGAUCUCGACUUGUACAAAAACACGGAUUAUGGGUCUUUGGACCGUAGAUCGAGUUAUGACUAUAAAGCGCCAACUCGUCGAUCGUCGUACGUGUCGACUCUCCAGGAUCCGGUCAAGCGGGAUUAUAAGAAUUAUGCUCGAAGUUCGUCGCUUUUGAACGACUAUGUCAACGUCCCGAGUCGCUACCAGACUUACAACGCGAGGGUAAGUCGGCCAACUACGGUUUUCUCCGACGACGAAACGACUUUGGAUGAGCUGCUUUCAGCUGCGAAAUCUCGAAAGUACAGUACCCCGGUUCCAUCCAUAAAUAGAGGCUCUGUUUCUCCCGUUAAUGGACCUACGUCUUCCGUUAAUUCCCCUGAACCUGUUUAAAUUAUUUCUCUCAAACAAUGUGAUCACUAGUAUACAAAACGCAGACUCAAAGAUUCAUGUUAGAGUUAGAGCGUAGUCAUAUCAAUUUUUCUGUUAAAUUAAGGUUUUUAACUAACGAAAGUAUUGCAGUCUUAUUUAUUUAUUUACUAGAGAAAUGUAGAUACAUAAAAGUGUAUUAUUUAUAUGUAAAUGUUGUUUGCUUUUUUAUUUAUUGUUAGAAGAUUAGUUCACUUCGAGUUUUUCUAGUAGGUAUUUUGUAACUUAUUAUUUAACAAAAAUUGGAUUGAAAGCGUUAUAAAACACUAUUGUAGCAAUUGUUCAAGUUUACAUAAUUUUAAUUCAGUUGACUCUCUAAGACAAAUGCAUAAGAUUAAGUUGAGUUCGUGUGAAUUGUUAGAAUUGUAUGUUGAAUUUGGUGAUUUUAUAAAAAAUAUAUUUCAAAA